AUGGCACCAGCAUCGAAACGGGAUCAGAAUCCAACUGGUGGAAUACAAAAAUGCCAAUCGGCCGAGCCGCGUAGCUAUGCUGCCUGUGUAACCAGUAUUAUCUAUGGAAUCAAAGCUAACAUUUCCUCGGGAUUCUUCGAUGGUCGUCAAUUCCCCUCCCUGGAACCCUACUACAUUGACAAUUUGAACUGUGAUCAGCCACCAAAUUUCAAGCUGACCUUAUCGAAAACCUACAUCAAGGGCAUUUCGGGCUUCCAGGUCGUUCAAGUAAUUCCAAAUUACUCGCCCUACGUUCUGAAACUGAACCUUCCGAAAUUGAUGGUGUCUGGAUUAUACGACCUGAAUACGCAAAUUUCCGUCAUCCCUCUGACUGGAAAGGGAAAUUUCAUUGUUGAUCUAAAUAAUACCCAGGCAGAAAUCCGAGUACAGUUCCUGAAGGAUCCCCAAGGGUUACUCAAAAUCGGAACGGUUGAAACCAGAAUCAAGUUCGGCCCCUCGAAGUUCAAACUGACGGGUCUAUUUGGUGGAGACAAAGCGGCAAACAAACUUGGAAAUGACGUCAUCAAUCUCAAUCCCGGUUUCAUUCUGGACAGAGUUAGACCCAGAAUCUCACAACAUGUAUCGGAUACCCUUUACAAAAUUCAUGUUGCCAUUUUCCAAGGCCUGAAAUACGAGGACGUAUUCCCAAGUACUUAA